UAUAACCCCAACCCUAGCUCUAGACCUAACCCUAAUUGUAAUCCUAACCCUAAGCCCAACCCUAACCCUAAUGCUGACCCUCACAUUAACCCUGACCCUAAUGUUAAUGCUGACUGUAAUGCCAACCUGCGCUCCAACUCUAGGCUGCAGCAGAGCCCUGGUGUCCCCCUCUAAGCUCCAGCCAUGGCUGAGCUCAGCAAAACCAUACCGAGGCCGGUGAGUCCUUGGUUCUGCCCAGCUCCCGUCCUCAGCAUCCCCAGCCGCACUGGAGAGUCAGAUCCCACCACUGAUCCCAAAUCCACCCCUUCUCCUGGAGAUUUCCCCACAUCUAGUAAACGCUCUGAUUAGCCUCCGCCUGCAGCCCUGCGUGCAGGCACCCCCAGAGCUGCGGCUGGCCGUAGGGUGAGCCCAGCACCACCGGCAUAGCGGCAAGUGCUGUGACAGCCACUGCCUGGCCCUGGCAUCUGCUAGCCCUGUGACAUGAAAGGCCCCAAAGCCUCUGAUGUGCGGAGAGGGAAGGCAAGGAAGAGGCUGGUGCCAGUGCCAAAGGGAAAUUUUCCUGCGUCUUGGCCUUGGCCAGGGCAAAAACCAACAAACACCCGGGCACGCGCUGCGGAUAAAUCCCAGCGAGCACAGGAGCGUGGCAGAGCCACACCGACAGAGCUUCAUCUCAUCCAGCCCAGCAUGAUGCUCCUCGUCCUGCUGCCAGCCUGGCUGGCCAUGGGCAUCCUGCAGCUGCCCCUUGGCAGUGCCCAGGAGUGCUUGAGCCAGCAGCAGGCACUCAGCACAGUGCGGCAGAUGCAGAGGCUGCUGGCAGCAUAGGAGGCUGCCCAGCUGCGGCAUGCGCAGCCUCUGCAGCAGCUCCUUGUCCUCCAGAGCAGCCUCCAGAGAUCAGCCACCAAACAUAACGAGACCUGUCCACAGCUGGUGGUGUCCCUGAACGGACUGGUGCUGGGCUGGAGCAUGCAGAUGGGCCAAGACAUUCACUUUGUCUGUGAUGCUGGUUUCCUGCUGGUGGGCUCCAAGAUGUGCGUGUGCCAGCAGGACCACACAUGGAGCAGCACCCAGCCCUCCUGCAAAGGCAUUGACAACUGCUCCAGCAACCCAUGUGCUAACAGCGGGACCUGUGUGGAUGGCAACCAGAGCUACACGUGCCUCUGCCCCCGGGGCUGGUCAGGCCCCAGCUGCCAGAGCCCCAUCUACUCCUACUGGGUGACACUGAGCAAUGCCUCCUUCAGCUGCCAGCCCUGCUGUGCCAAAGGCCACCCAGGCUCCCGGCACUGCAGCUGCGACCCCGGCUUCCAGAUGCGAGACAACGGCCUGUGCCAUGACAUGGAUGAGUGCCAGCUCUUCCAGUCCAUUCCCCAGAUCCGGCUUUUCCUCCAUGAGUGCCUCAACCUCCACGGCUCCUACCACUGCCUCUGCCCACAUGGUUACCUCCUCCAUGCUGACCGCAAUGCCUGUGAGGAUGUGAGUGAGUGCACUGGGAAGCAGCACAACUGCACUCAGGGAGACGUCUGCAUCAACACCUUUGGGGGCCACUGCUGUGUGCACCCCAAGUGCCCCCCACCACGCCACAACACCAGCUAUGUCAAGACCUCUGCCUUCCAGUGCGACAGGAACCCGUGCUCCAUAGAGAGCUGAGCCUGCCGCCUGGCCCCUACCUCCAUCUCCUUCCACUACCUGCCGCUCCGGGCCAACCACACUGUGCCCCACAUGCUCUUCAAGAUGACCACCAGCCGCUUUGUGGGUGACAGCCUGCGCUUUGCCAUCACUGGUGGCCAGGCGGGUGUCUUUGCUGUGAGGCGCUCCCACCAUCAGGCAGGAGAGCUGGUGAACACCAGCCCCGUGGUGGGACCAGCCACACUGGAGGUGGAACUGGAGAUGAACGAGUUCUUCCACAAGGCCCUCCUGGGCAAGCAUGUCUUCAAGGUCACAGCCUUUGUGUCCCCACAUGAGUUUUGACCUCAUUUGGAGGCAGU